AAGACAGAAGCCCCCGUUUUGCAUGGGAGCUCAUCUUUACCGGCCCCUGCCUGUUCACGAAAUGGUCAAAUUACACGAAAAGCUGUGCCGCUGACAUCAUUUGAUUCUCUGCCUUGUCUGUGCCUGUCUGUCUGUCUGUUGUGGCUGUGUUGUGCAGCCAACGGGCGGUCGGGAUGUCGAAUUUGUGCCGCAGUACAAAGGUGGGUAUCUGUGCGACGAAUAAUGACAGACAGGGGGCGUCUUGAUUUGUUGUGUGGUGACUGUCUGUGCUGUGUGUCGAUGGUAUUGAUUUGCAGUGUGGCCGGGCAACAAUCGAUUCUACUGCGGAGGUGCGCAUGAUGCUUCGCAGACAGACAGACACUCACGCAGACAGGCGGACAGGCAGACGGACAGGGCUGGACUGUGUUGUGUUGUGCGAGCAGGUCGUUGUGUGACUGGUCCUGAGCCGGGCUAUCUUGCAGUGACUGUCCUGCUCAUACUGAUCCCAUCCGGCGGAUUCUUCGUCACCGUGUAAGGGACAACAGCAUUCACAUACGCUCUCUCUCGGCUGCAGUGUAUAUAUGUCUUGUGUGCUGCAGUGUUCCGUUGGUGUGUGGCCAUGAGAUGUGGUGGGUGAUACUGCUGCCCAUCGCCCCUCUCUUCCCCGCCACACUCGUGUUGCUGCUCGCUGCUGCAUUCACUGAACCCGGCAUGUAAGCUACAGCGCGUGAGGGUCUGUGUGGCUGGCCAUAUCUCCCAUGUGUGUGUAUCUAUUGUGUAGUCUGCCGCGCCGCAAUCCUCCGCCAGAGGAGAUCCCCCAAACAAACGAAGGCAAGCCAUCGAUGGAUGGAUGGAUGGAUGGAUGGAGGAGUGGAUGUCUGUGUGUGUUGGUGGAUUCAAUGGGUCCAUUGUGCAGCUCGGGAGAAGGAGGUGAUCAUCAACGGAUGCUCAAUCAUUCUCAAGUGGUGCCGUAAGUCGACACAACGGCCGCAAGAUCGUCCACGUGUUAUGCCAUUUUUCUGUGUGUGUUGUGUCAUCAGCGACGUGCAAGAUUUGGCGCCCGCCCCGGUCGAAGCACUGCGUGUUCUGUGACAACUGCGUGCAGAGAUUCGACCACCACUGCCCAUGGUACUCACCAUACACACACACACAAUGCGCUAAGAUAGCACAACGAGGCGUCAUAUUUCUCUCUGUGUAUUGUUUGUUGUAGGGUGUCGAAUUGUGUGGGUCUUCGUAACUACCGGUUCUUUGUGUUGUUUGUGUUUUCGUGUACGCUCUGGGCAUUCUAUGUCGUCGUCGUCGACGCAUACGCACUCGUGGUACACACACACACACACGCAGGGACUGACACACAUAGACCUGCCACACACAAACACCGUCUUUUUUGUGGGUGUGUGUGCGUGUGUGGAUGGCUGGAUGGCAGAGUUUGGCCUACGUCGGCCACCACAUGUCUGUGCCGCUGCUCAUCGACACCAUGAAAGAACACCCAAUAUGGUGCGGACGGACCGACGGACACAAUACACAUUGUCUGUCUCUCUCACAGAUGUGUGUGUGUGUGUAUGAUCACCGUGGCAGCACGUUGGUGUUGGUGUUUACUUUCUGCAUGUUGUGUCCUCUGGUGAAUCUGAGCAUUUUCCACUGCUACCUCACGGCGAGAAACCUCACCACCAACGAAGAGGUACCACACACACAAAUGGACAGACAGACAGACGGAGACGGAGGAAGAUGCCUGUGUGUGCGCGCGUCUAUCUGAGCAGAUAAAGGAGCUAUAUGGGCAGAAGAAUCCUUUCUCAUUAGGUAUCAUGUGCACAGAGGAACCUGCUGUGGCGCACACACCGGGCAUGCUACGCUGGCUGUCUGUCUGGCUAUCUGCCGUCUUCGUGCAGGUCUUCGCGGCAACUGCAGGGAAGCUUUCUGUCUAGAGAGAGAACCAAGGUAUGCACUCAUACUCGAAACACCCGCAAGCACCCCCCACACGCACUCAUCUCUCUCUGUGUUAUCUGCAGCAAGAUUUUAUGGCGGCAACCGGUGUGUGUGCCGACCUGCCCCCCUCUCCCAGCAACCCUGGUUGCGCCAUCUCCAUCCCCACGCACAGCAGGCUCCCACACAUCAGCACGGUCACUGGCUGUCGUCACGCCGACCGAGAGGGGAGACCGGGACAGGCGAGAGAGGGAGCGUGUUGGUGUUGGUGCUGAUGAGUGGCGUGUGGAGCAGAUGGAGAGGGGGGAGGGCACUUGACCUCACUGACAUGUGUGAUGUGGUCGAUAGAUAUAGAGUGCCAGACAGACAGACAGACAGACAAAGCUAAGUCAGGGCUUUUUUGCUCUCUUGUCUCUGUCUGUGUGUGUGUGUCUGUCUGUCUGUGUCUGUCUGUCUGUCUUGUGCGUGCGCAAGUAAGGUGAGAUGGAUGCAGACACGAUGACACGAUUGCAUUAACUCACAUUGUGACGACUGUCAAGGAUCC